AUGAACGACGUUUCAACACAGCCGAACGGGUCCGUGUCCGUGCCCUUGGAAGGAGUUGACGAGAAGCAACUUGCACCGAUAUGUUCACGCUCAGACCAAGCAGAGGUUGUGUCGUGGACUACAGAGCAAGAAGCGAAGGUGCUCGACCGAGGAAACAUCUCAAACGCCCUGACGGACACGAUCACCCAAGACCUCGGCAUCACCAACGACGAUGUGAAUCUUGGUAACCAGCUCAUGUUAGCAGGUAUUGUCGUUGCGGAACUGCCGUCCAACAUGCUGCUGCAGAAGGUAGGUGCGCCAGUCUGGCUUACUGGGCAGAUGGGAAUCUGGGGCACCAUCGCUCUUACGCAGACCUGGGUCACAAACAAAAGCUCCUUCUUCGCAACGCGGUUCAUCCUGGGUGUAUUUGAGGGCGGAUAUGUUCCCGGCGGUCAGUAUAUGCUAUCCUUGUUUUACACCAGGGAGGAACUCGCAACUAGAACAGCCGUCUUCUACUUUGGCAACUACUUUGCAGCGGCUACGGGGUCGUUGAUGGCUGCUGGCAUCUUGAAGCUCGCUGGUACCAACGGACUCUCGGGUUGGCAGUGGUUACACACGAAGCCUAUCCACUGCUAUUUCGACUGCUUUUCCGAGAAGAAGCGCAGCAUUUUGUCCGCCCGCAUGAGCGCCCAAAACAAUGCAGAUAAAGCCGACCUCAGCUGGACGAAAGUGAAAGGCGCUUUACUCGAUUUCCGCCUCUGGCUGCACAUGAUCAUAAAUAUGGCCAGCCUUGCACCCAAAGGUGGUUUACAACUCUACGGCCCUUCUGUCAUCAAAGGUCUCGGCUUUUCCAAGACAAGAGCCAACGCCCUGAACUCAAUAAGCAGCUAUCUCGUCGUCGUCUUCUCCUUUGCCAUAUCAUACGCGUCCGAUAAGACACAUCAGCGCGGCCUAUGGUGCAUCGUCGCUUUUGCCUGGUCUAUUGCCUUUUCUGGCGCUCUCUAUGGCCUACCACUGAAUGCAAAUCGUUGGACUCGCUUUUGGAUUUUCACCUUUCUCGGCAGCGGGAACGCGCUAGCGCAGGGCCUCAAUGACGCCUGGGUAAGUGCAAACGCGCAAACUUCUGCGGGGCGCAGUAUUGGUCUUGCACUUGCGGUCAUGGGCUCCAAUCUGGGCGGUUUGGCUGGGCAGCAAAUGUUUAGGCAGUCGGAUGCACCUCGGUACCAGCGUGGAUUUCUAGCUAUAUUGUGCUUGUAUGUUGGAUCCAUCGUCCUUACAGUAGCCACCAUAGCAGCCUAUUGGUGGACUAACAAGAAGCUGAAGAGGGAGUAUCAGGAACGAGAAAGCAGAGAUGAUGUCGGAGAUGUGACGGAAACUGGGCCUUUCAAAUGUCAGCUAUAG